AGCUGCAACUCAUCCAUAAAUUAAGAUCUCUACAUAUACCCAUUCCUGCCACUUCCACUCUGCCAGAACUACCGCUCUGUUUCUGUCUCCUGUUCCACAUCUCACCACCUUGCUCUGGAUUUCACUCCCCACCAUUACCUUGGAUUCCCCUCAGGACCUGUUUCCCUGUCCUGCUCAGGCAACUCCAUCCUCAUUCUACACUCCUGUUUUUUUGCACUCAUCUGAGCUACCCCGGUUCUGCACUUCAUAUUUCUCUGCGUUCAAUAAACACAUUCAUCCCGACUUCCUCUUCUGAGUCCGCUCUUGGGUUCCCCCCCUUCGCUCGUCGUAACAGCAUCAUCUAUGUUAAUGUCUAAAGUGGAAGGACAGCUCUGUAUCAGCUACUUUCAAUAUGUGCCAACCACACUGUUAGUUCCUGUUUCCACACACUGCUAGUCAGUUGAUUUACUGUACAAGUCCUUUCCACUUCACUCUGUAAGUACGUGUGACAAUAUCUAAUAACAUUGUGUUUAAUUUGAUGUUUUUAGUAAUAAACCAUAUAUUGUGAUAAUGAUAGGAUCGUUGGCCUUAACGCUAUGGUCAGAAUUAGAGGGGGAAAUGUAUUUAGAGCAAUAUAUGUAUAAUACCGUUGUGUGCUAAGUAUCAAGUGCAGUUAUUCACCAGUUAUAAAGUGUGUUUUAGUUGUCUACCGUUCUCUUUGUAAGACUGCAUGGAGAUGCAACAAUGGCAUUGAGAACAGCAGGAAGUGUGUUGAUGGUCUUUAUCUGGUCUGAAACAGUGGUACUGGGUCAGAAUGGCUGGAGGGUGACUUACAACCCUCAGAGUAUCUGUGCCUUGAAGAGGUCAACAGUGGAUCUGUCCUGCUCUUAUACAUAUCCCAGAGGUCAUACAGUCACAGGGACAUCAUGGUUCUAUAGAUGGUCUGUUGUGAAACCUCAGAAUGAUGAUCGUGUGGAGUACUAUGGGGACAGCGUGAACGACUGCACCCUGAGAAUCACAGACCUGAGAGAGAGUGACUCAGCUGAGUACUGGUUUACAUUGAGGACUCAGAUCAUACAAGGUCAUGUCUUUCAAAGUGUGAGAAGUGAGAGCUAUUCUGGCAGUCCUGGAGUCAGGCUGUCCGUCACAGGCCUGGAGGCAAAAUUUCAAACUAUAGUGACAGAGGGACAGCCUGUGACACUGACCUGUAGCACCACCUGUACUCUGACUGACAACCCCAACCCCACCUACAUCUGGAAGAAGAACAGACAACGUCUCACAAACCCAAAGACCAAAAGUAACUACCUGUACCUAGACCCAGUCAGCAGUGAGGAUACAGGCAGAUACUCCUGUGCUGUAAACGGCCAUGAGAAUCUCCCCUCUGCUGAAGAGACUCUCACUGUCAGAUAUGGCCCAAAGAGAGUGUCAGUAUCAGUCAGUCCUUCUGGUAAAAUAGUGGAGGGCAGUUCAGUGACUCUGACCUGCAGCAGUGAAGAACGUAACCUACAAGAAGAACGUAACCUCACCAAAAGCAUCAGGACAGAGUUACAGCAUCACUAACAUCAGCUCUGAGGACAGUGGAGAAUGCUACUGUGAGGCUGAGAAUACAAUUGGAGCCCAGAUAUCUACACCUCAAUUGAUCAUUGUAGCCGAGAAACAAGCUUCUGUGAAGAAUGCAUCUAUAGGAAUCAUAGUGGUUGUUCUGGUUCUCAUCCUCUGUCUCUCUGUCCUUAUGUGGUUCAGGAAGGCCUCCAAAUCCACCUCCGACACAAGAGACAGAAGAGACACAGUAGACAAUGGACAGCAAGACUCUAGUCCCGUGUAUGACAACAUCUCAGGCAUGACCCAUACUGCAGCACCGACAGUGGACACAGACAACCAGGAUAACGUUCAAUACGCCAGCAUUCAACACAGAAACCAGGAAGUGCCUGAAUACUCCACUGCCCAACCGUCUCAACCCCAGAAACAGGAGGAGGAUGUCCAGUACGCUGCUGUGAAAUUUAACCACACCAGUGCUGUUGACAUGCCAGUAGAGACCACUGGUACAGUACACUGGAAACACCAGGUUUUAGUGUAGCUGGUGAGACAUACAAAAGUAAAGAGAAAUAAGCCAAUUGUUAUGGACGAAUUGUAGGGAUAUUUUCCAACUAUUCUUCUUGUAUAAUAUGUUUGCUCCAAAAAUGCAUUUCUUGUAGAACUUCACUGACGUUUUGGUAGUUAGAAAGAGGCCUCAUGAAGACAGGACGUCAGCUCUGCAUCCCAAUUUUAGUCCCUCAGUACUUCUAGUUGGUGUCAACCACAGACAUCACAUUAUUAUUAUUUCGCACUGUCAGUAGGUCCCCUUCCACACCUGGUGACAUUAAUUUGCUACAUCACUACACCCUAGUUACACCUCCACACCUGGUGACAUUAACCAGGGUGUAGUGCUGUAGUAAAUGAAUGUCACCAGGUGUGAAGGUGGUGUAACCAGGAUGUAGUAAUGUAGUAAAUGAAUGUCACCAGGUGUGGAGGUGUAACCAGGGUGUAGUGAUGUAGUAAACACUGUCUGUGUGGGUGGACCAUUUCAGUUUGUCCGUGAUGUGCACGCCGAGGAACUUAAAACUUUCCACCUUCUCCACUACUGUCCCGUCGGUGGAUCAGGGGCUGCUCCCUCGGCUGUUUCCUGAAAUCUACGAUCUCCUUUGUUUUGUUGACAUUGAGUGUGAGGCUAUUUUACUGACACCACACUCCGAGGGCCCUCACCUCCUCCCUGUAGGCAGUCUUGUCGUUGUUGGUAAUCAAGCCUACCAUUGUAGUGUCGUCUGCAAAUUUGAUGAUUGAGUUGGAGGCGUGCAUGGCCAUGCAGUCAUGGGUGAACAGGGAGUACAGGAGAGGGCUGAGAACACACCCUUGUGGGGCCCCAGUGUUGAGGAUCAGUGGGGUGGAGAUGUUGUUUUCUACAGGUAAACAACAACUUCUACAGGAAGUCCAGGACCCAGUUGCACAGGGCGGGGUCGAGACCCAGGGUCUCGAGCUUAAUGACAAGUUUGGAGGGUACUAUGGUGUUAAAUGCUGAGCUUUAGUCGAUGAACAGCAUUCUUACAUAGGAUAUUCCUCUUGUCCAGAUGGGUUAGGACAGUGUGCAGUGUGAGUGAACAUGCACACACACACACACACUAAUGAUUAAUAUAAUAGAUCUACUGUACCUCCAGUGUUGAGGAAGGUGAUUUUUCAUUUCCCAGAGUACAUGUCAUAGUCCAACCUCUCCACCUCUCCUCCCCCUCAACUGGGCUUGGAGAAGCUAAUCUCCAGACAAUCUCUCAUUUGCUCCUCAGGCAUUGGGGGCUGGGCAUUGGAGAAGUUGGCUGUCUUUGUGGAGACAUCAAGGUGCACCUGCACAGCGACAGCCACAAACCUUGUUCACAAUGUGUCACCUUGUCAACAGUACAGCACAGCACUAAAUCAGCCAUAAAAUAAGUAAUGGUGGACAAAUGCCAGGCGAAUGGCAUCAUUUUCUUGAACGUACCCCAACUCCUAACUCAAAAUAGAUUGGAACAUGCCUUUACACUUUGUAGUAAAGACGGUUAUUCCCUAGCCUAGCACACACACAGACUCCUUGGUAAAUGAAAUCAUUAUCAGGUGUAGGAGAUUGUCUUUUAAGGGCCACUAAACACACCGAUUGGCACGUGUGUUUUUCUGUUGCUCAUUAGAAAAACAAGAUUUCAGUCUUGGAGGUGUGUUUCAUCCCCGUUUGGUUUUUGACAUUUGUCCCCCAUGAGACACUGUAGGCACAGAAUAAAAUAACCAUGAUGAUGUUUUUGCCAAGGAUGGUUUAGUUUUACAUCUAA